UUAUUUCAAGUUGUAAUGACUACAAAACCAGUUUCUGAAAUAGAAUUAUAUGAAUGGAGUAAAUGUUUAAUUGAUCCAUCAGCGAAAUUAAUUGAUCGUUCACGUGCUCUAUGGGGAUUACGUCAUGCGAAAGAAUCAUUAGCACUUGAAUUAUUAGCUGAUUUUAUUUGUAAUUAUAUUCAACCAUCCCCUGUAGCUAAUGAUUUAUUACAACAUGAAGCAGCUUAUUGUCUUGGACAACGUGGUGAUUCAAAAGCUGUACCGUAUCUUUUACAAGUAUUAACUAAUGAUAAACAUGUUACACUUAUCCGACAUGAAGCUGCUGAAGCAUUAGCUGCAUUAAGUGAAUGUGAUCAUGUUGAUGAUAUUGACAUGAUUGAGAAAGCUUUAAAACAAUUUACACAUUCACCUAUUAUUGAGUUGGCUGAAACAUGUCAAGUCGGUUUGAGUCGUAUUGAAUGGAUCAAAAACAAGAAAAUAGCACAACAUAAAGAUUCUCAAACAUCCAAUGAUUUAGCCAGACAAUUUUUUCCAAAUACAAUUGAUCCAGCGCAUAGUUUUACUAAUGAUGAUCAAUACUAUACUGAUGAACAAUUACGUGAUUUAUUAAUGGAUCCCAAUGAAAAUUUAUUUACACGUUAUCGUGCAUUGUUUACUUUACGCGAUCGUGUUCUACAAGCAAUCAUUGAUAAAACAUCUCCAGAAAAACCAGCUAAUCUAUUAGCUGAAGGAAUAACAGCAUCAAAUAGUGCAUUACUUAGACAUGAAGUUGCUUUUGUUUUGGGACAAUUAACAAUAGCUAGUACUGUUCCAUAUCUAACAAAAUGUUUACGUCAAUUAGAUGAACAUCCAAUGGUAAGACAUGAAGCUGCUGAAGCACUUGGUUCGAUUCUAGGCGAAUUAGAAGGAAAAUAUUUAACAAGUAAUGUAAAAAGUUCUGUACCAAAAGAAUUUGAACAUCAUGCACGUGAAGUAUUAGAAGAAUUUACAAAAGAUAAAGAGCCAGUAGUUCGUGAAAGUUGUAUAUUAGCUUUGGAUAUUGCGGAAUAUAUUGCAUCACCAGAACAAUUUCAAUAUGCUUCUGUGCCACAAAAUUAACUAUUACUACUUGCUACAUAAGUAGUAGUAUCAAUAAUACACUC